GGGGUCAAUUUGGCAGCAUAUAUACUGUCAGACAUAUAAACACAGCUUUCACUCUGCAGAUCACCACAUAACAACACCUCUAAGGGAUUAACAGAACUCGCAUCAGUUAAAAGAAUAGCAACAUGAAGUAUCUAUUUGCUUUCACUAUCUUCAUCGCUCUUGCUUACCAGGCAACUGCUCAAUCAUGUCAUCUGAGAGAAGUGGAUCUGUGCGUUGCUACAAUGAUCUUUCAUUAUCAAGGAAGUGGUGUACCUGUAGAUGAAAGUGGAGUGGAAAGCCUGUGCGAGUCCAUUGAUGAAACUACUCAGUGCCUGAGGAAUUUCACUAACAAAUGCAUGACUCCAGUCCAGAGAGAAGUUCUGCAACUUAUUGCUGAAGGCUCCGAAGCAACCGUGAAGGAUUUCUGCACUCCAGGAUCAGAAGUGAGAGUCAAAUUCUUGAAACAUGCCAAGUGCUUGGGAGAAGUUCAUGCUGAUGAUAGUAUGAGGGAAUGUAUGGUUGGCAUGCAAUUGGCCAUUGAAAAGGUCACUGAAACCCAAUUCGACAAAAGAGUCGGAACACUUUGCUGCGGAUUCCGAAAAUUCCUUGAAUGCGGUGAAAAACUGACCGAACAAAAAUGUGGACGUGAAGCAGUCGAAAUGGGAAGGACCAUCGCAGAACUCGCUGUCACUGAGCUCCCCAACGUUGUCUGCCAUUCUUUUGACCCUAACAGCAGUUCUUGCCAAGCACUCCUGCCACCUAAAGGUUCCACCCCAAAGGGUACUCAAUCCGGUUCCCAGUUGGCCCGACUCCUUGCCACAGCUUUGGGUAACUAAAUGAGAGUCCCCAGGAGCAUCUUCAGGGCAUGGACUGAAACGAACACAACCCUGAAUGAGAUCAAAGAAACAUUAAAUGAUAGCUGUUCUGCUUCCUGUAAACAAUAACUUGGUUUUCUAGGUCAUGACUUUCGGGCAUUUAUUUACUUCAAUCGGAAUGGAUCUAUUAAAAAGAUCACAAAACAAAACUGGAACACUUAGGAAAUUUUUUUUUUGUGUAUUGAAUCCUCUCCACUAACUAGCUGCACAAAGCCAAUCACGAAUUAAUCCAACAACAAACUAGUUCUCUGUUGGGUAUUUGUUUUAACUUCUUGAAUUAAAAUUAAUUAUUUUUCUUAGAUAAAAAUAACUUCAAAUUUAUCUGUUUCACUAAGCUGAGACGUAAUUCACUUAAUUACCUUUUGCAUAAAUCUAUAAUGAAAAAGUUUGUAAUAUGAAUACAGGAAUCAUUGGAAGUACGAAAUACAGAGACAAAUGAAAGAAGAUGCAUUAAAAUUUCGAUACAUUUUCUUUAAUUAUUAUUUAAAUAUAUGAAAUUUUCUGAUAAAAAUUAGUAGAACUAGUUUGUUUGGAAAUACUGGAUUAUGAAAAGCAAUUUUUUUGUUUUCUGUCAUAGACUUGAAGACUAUUACAGAGUAACUAAGUUGCUUAGAUCUCACAAUUAAGAUAUAUGGCAGAAAAAGAAAAAUGCCGAAACAUUUGAAGAAAUUUUAUGAUUUCAAUAAUUUAAGAAGCGGUUUCAGGGAGAACUAGGUUUCUAUGAUGUUACUAACCAAAAAAAUUAAUUUGAACAGCACAGAUUACUUCUUACUGGAUCUAUUUUGCACUCAUUUAGAUUCCUUUACUGCACAUAAAUUCUUCAUUGUAUUCUGCAGAAACCAAAGCAUUGGAAUAAGAUUUAGCAAAAUCUUAGAGGUGUUUAAAACGAUUACCUUUUACUUGUAAAUUAGCACUGUAUAUCAAAUAAGAUUCGAAAAUCGUUUCAAAACACCAACAAUUCGACUCCGUGUAUGCAAAUUAAUGAAAGACACGUUAAAAAAAAUACAAACACGUAUUUUGCAUUGAAAUUUAAAAUCUAUUGAUUGACUAGAAUAAUAUUUGGUCACGAUCAAUAACGACAAAUGUGAUUUGUAAUGUGAAUACAACUUGUGUCUGUAUAUUUAUUGAAAAGAAAAGCUGGCGUUUUUUUCAUUAGAAAUAAAUCUGUAUCUGUACUGUGAUUGUAAUAAAAUUGUUCAAAAAUCUC